AUGAAUGAUGUAUCGGGAUCUGCAUCACCUAGAUACGAAAAGCAGAGGGAAGCGUUGAUAGAGUGGUUAAAUUGUACACUUUCUGAUGUUAACUUGCCGGUACAUUCUUCUGAUGAUGAGUUGAGAGCGGUGUUGCUAGAUGGUAGCGUUUUAUGUAGGAUACUGAAUAAACUGAGACCUGGUUCAGUUAUUGAGUUAAGUGGUGUUGAUCAUGCUUCAAAAAUGGGCAUUGAAAAUGUUAAAAAGUUUCUUAUGGCUAUGGACCAGAUGGAGUUGCCUAGAUUUCAAGUUGAUGACCUAGAAAAGGGAUCAUUAAAGACUGUCGUAGAUUGUCUGUUCUCACUUAGAGCACAUUUUAUAGCUAACGCUGGAGGGUAUGAUCUUUUUACAACUGGUAAAGCAUAUCCAUCAGGUACUUGUACUAGUAUUAGAUCAAAGCCUUCGGUACAUCAGUAUGGACAUGGUGAUUCUUCUCAGUAUGGAGAAAAUUAUUCAUCUGCAAAGCUGGGAGAACAAAAACGGAAAAGUGCAUCAAACUCACAAGAGCUUAACUCUGUCAUGCCACAUCCAUCAACAACACUACCACAUCAUGCUGGCCACAAGUUUCAUGAAGUGUUUCAGCACAGAAAUGGGCACUUGGCAGAUCUCCCCCCGGCAACGCUUUCAGAAAUAAUUAAAUCAGCUCGCUUAGAUAAUGCGCCAACACAGUCACUGUUAAGCCUUAUGAAUGGAAUAAUUGAUGAAAGCAUUGAAAGGAAGAAUAGUGAAUUACCUGGUCGUGUGGCAUGCCUAUUAAGGAAAGUCGUUCAAGAGAUAGAGCGGCGAAUCUCCACUCAAGCAGAUCACAUAAGAACUCAAAAUAACAUGUUCAAGGCUCGUGAGGAAAAAUAUGAGUCAAGAAUUAGAGUUCUUGAAGCCCUUGCAAGCGGGACUUGUCAAGAGGCACAGGUGGACAAGAUCAGUGUCGGAGAAAGUGAUAAGGAUGAGGAGCAAGAUGUGGAGAGGUUAAUAAAACAGACAAAUAACAACCAUAAUGAAAUUGCUACUCUGAAGCAUGAACUAGGAAUAGCUAAGAAAAAUUAUGAGCAGCUUCGGGCACAAAUUAAAACAGAAACCAAGGAAACAAAUAAAUUUACGGUUCUGAAGCAAGAACUUGAAGCGCUUAAGAAAAAGUAUGCGGAGCUCAGCUUACAAGUGAAUGUAGAAGCCAAGGGUGCAAACGAAAUAUUGUGUUUGAAGCAAGAUUUAAAAAUAACUAAAAAGGAUCAUGAGCUGCAUUGCUUACGAAUGGAAGCAGAAGCCAUAGGAGUUCAACAAGAGCUUGCCAAAAGACUAGAGCAAGUUACGCAGAAGUUUGAAGAUUCCAAAAAGAGAGUUAAAGAUCUGGAGGCCUAUGCUGAAUCCAGAAAUGAGCAAUUGAACAAAAAAGAGAACAUAUGCAAAACACUUAUCGAAUUUCAGCUUGGAGCAUUGCGGGAGUUGAAAUCUUCUUCUCAAGCAAUUAGGCAUCAAAUUGCAACAAUACCAGAGAGUUACUCCGAGGACUUUAAUCAUUUAGGGGCAAAGAUUGAAGUAUUAGAAAAGGUAGCAAAUAACUAUAAUGCAGUCUUAGAUGAAAAUAGGAUGCUGCACAACGAGGUCCAAGAUCUUAAAGGAAGUAUCAGAGUAUAUUGUCGGAUAAGGCCUUUCAUGCCUGGACAGAUGGGAAUGCAGUCGAUUGUAGAAUAUGUGGGUGAAAAUGGGGAGCUAAUAGUUGUAGAUCGAACCAAACAAGGGAAAGAAGGUCCGCGUUCAUUCAAAUUUAACAAGGUCUAUGGCCCAACAACUACUCAAGUUGAUGUGUAUUCUGAUACCCGUCCAUUGAUUCGAUCAGUAUUGGAUGGUUACAAUGUAUGUAUAUUUGCUUAUGGACAGACAGGUUCAGGGAAAACCUACACAAUGAUUGGCCCUGAUGGUGCAUCUGAAGAAGAUUGGGGAGUAAACUAUCGAGCUCUAAAUGACCUAUUCCAAAUAUCUCAGAAAAGAGGGGGAAUCUAUACAUAUGAAAUAACAAUUCAAAUGGUUGAAAUAUACAACGAACAAGUGCGCGAUUUACUUACAAGCGGUGGUUCACAGAAAAGACUUGGGAUUCUGACGGCUUCCCAACCAAAUGGAUUAGCUGUACCUGAUGCUAGCAUUCAACCUGUCCAAUCAACUUCAGAUGUGCUGGACCUUAUGGAACUCGGAUUGAAAAACAGAGCUAAAAGUGCAACUUCCAUGAAUGCAAGAAGUAGCCGAUCACAUAGUAUUUUAACCAUUCAUGCUCGUGGGACGGAUGUGAAGACUGGUUCCGUCUUGCGUGGUAGUCUUCACUUGGUAGAUCUUGCUGGAAGUGAAAGAAUAGAUCGUUCAGAGGCAACCGGAGACGCACUGAAAGAAGCUCAACAUAUUAAUAAGUCUUUAUCUGCCCUUGGAGACGUCAUAUCUUCUUUAUCACAAAAGAGUGCUCAUAUUCCAUAUCGAAAUAGCAAGCUAACUCAAGUCCUUCAAAGCUCACUUGGUGGUCACGCGAAGACACUUAUGUUCAUACAGCUUAAUCCUGACCUUACCUCUUUUUCCGAAAGCUUAAGUACCUUGAAAUUUGCUGAAAGGGUAUCUGGAGUUGAGCUUGGUGCUGCAAGGAAUAACAAAGAGGGCAGAGAUUUUCGAGAAUUGAUGGAACAGGUUACAUCUCUGAAAGACGCAAUUGCAAAGAAAGAUGAGAAGAUUGAGCAGUUGCAACUGCUUAAAGAUCAAAAGAAUAGUAGUCAGGGUGUUAAUGGUGAGAAAAGUACUACAGCAUUAGCGAAGUAUGGAUCUGUGCCUUCAGUUCAAAAGUCCACGUCAGCCACUCCAUUACGAAGCUCCAAAGUAACUUCUGGAAAAAGCUUUAGAUCAGCUUUUAUUCAGGGCAGCUCCCCGGACAAUAUUACAAAAAAUUCUUCAGUUAAUCCACAAGGGUCUUUGGAUAACAAACGUCCAAAGGCAUCUCUUAGGCAUUCAAGAUCUGCUGGUGAGAGUCGUACGAAGAAUUCUUCUUUUAGUCCUGAACGGUCUUUGGAUAACAAGAACCAAAAGGCAUUGCUUAGGCAUUCAAGAUCGGUUGGCGAGAUGACAGAUCAGAAUUUGUCUAUAGAUGUCAAAGGCAUACAAAUUAGUGAUAGUGAAGGCGAGGGAGGAUUCAGCGAUGGCUCUGUUGUAAGAAAGAUUCGAAGAGCACCUGACCGUGCAAUGAGGCCUAAGUCAUCAAACAGAAUCCCUCGCUCUAUUCCAAAACCGACUACAGCAAAACCUUCAAAUGAUGCUGCCAAAAAGUCGAUAGGUACAGUCCUCUUUAACAUUUAG